CUAUCAUAAAGCCCAGAAUAUUCUACAAUAAUCUUCAUGGUAUCCAUAAUCGUGAUCAUCAUGGUAUAUAAUGAUAGUAAGAUAGUGAAUGUCAUAUAAUCAUUAUAAUUUUUUAUUCCUUGUUAUCAUAAUGUAGGAUUUUUGAUUAGAUUUUUGGUAAUUUUUUUAUGAAUUUGUGAUUCAUUUUUUUUAAUGACAAAAAAAAAUGAAUUAAAUUAUACAUUUUAACCAUAGAUGUAGCGAUAAAUAGGUGAAUUCCACUGUCCAGUACAAUUUUAGUGGUAUAACCGUGUUGCAAUAAUAAUCAUAGAUUAUUAGUGCGAAAUUUAAAUUUGUGUUUUGUAUAUUUAUUUGAUAUUUGAAUCAUGAAUAGCAUUGUAAAUGAUUGUACAAAUUAAUCCUUUGAAAACGUUUCAGCCAAAAUCCACUACAGCGACUUGUUCGACAAGCAACCAGGCCAAUGAUUCCUUAUUUCGUAAUUUAUUUUUUGGUAUUUAUCAAGUUGUUUAUCAAUUAUUGAUAAAAAAAAAACAGAGAUAAAAGAUAACAAUAAUUUUUUAUAUUUUGUUAAUUUACUGCAAAACUACACAAUUUAUUGCUACCUACACCUACUUCAUUUCUCUUCUGUGUAUCCAAAUUUUUAUUGUGAACGCUUAACAUACUAUAAAUAAUUUAGGUAAGACAAUAACAAAAUAAUUCUGUAAUACUCAAUUAAAUAAUAAAUAAAAGCUUGUUUUCGUUUAAUCUGUGCUAGUAUCAUAAAACUAAUUAUUUCUUUUGGUGAUUUAUUUAAAUUAUGUCUUUGGUACAUUAAGCUUUCUUCAAAUUUCAAUUUUUUCUGUCAUGAUUAAUUUUCUUUUAAAUCCUCCUAAUUGAUUUUAAUUGUUGUUUUUAUUAUUAUUAUUUAUUACAUUAUUUUUAAAUACCUAUAACAAAAACAUUUUCAUAUUCUUAAUUAUAAAGUCUAUUGAUUGUUUGACCACAACAUGCUAUAGUAAAAAAUAUCUUUAUGUAGAGUGGUUUUAGUAUAUUGGUUGUUCAAACCAUUCAAGUUUUAAUUUUUUUUAUAGUUUCUUUAAAUGCCAUAUUUUUCUAUGACUAUAUAUCCAUUUCAAACAACACGCUAUACUCAUAUUUUUAUAUUUUAUAUGUAAAAUUUGCAAAAUGUAAAAAACUAGGAAACAAAUUUAAAUAAAAAUACAAUAAAAUAAAAUUGUUAUUAUAGUAAUAUUUAAAGAAGCAAAAGUUUGCUUUAAUUUAAGGUAUGUAAAAUUAAAAAUAAAUAAAAUUAAUUUUUAUUUACUUAUAUGAAAGUAUUUGCUAAAUACAACUGAGAGAUUACCCAACAAAUUACAAUAUAAAAUUUGUUUUUCUUAAAAAUUUAAUGAAAUAAAAUAUUUAAUUUAAAUAUAAACAUUUUUUAUAGAUUUUAAAAAUAAAUACAACUUUUAUUCCUGGAUUAUUUAAACUUCUGUGCACUACUAUUAUGUAGGUAAAUCAUCAAAUUCAUAUUUAUGCAUACAUAUUUUAUAUAAAUAUAUUUGUAUAUGUAUGAUAAUAAAAAUAAUAACAUUUGAUAAAUGAGUGUUUAUUUUUAAUUUAGAUAUGGGUAAAUGGCAAUUAGAGGUUUUCCGAAUGGGUAUUUACAUGACUUUUCCUGUCUUGUUGUUUCAUUAUUUUAAUUUGCCCGAAAAUUAUGAAGAAAAAGUUAUACAAUUUAAAAGAGAGAUGUUUCCACCUGAAAAACCAGAAGCCCAACAAAAAAUAGCAGAUCUCAAGAAAAUUUUUCAGGAGCGAAGAGAAGCAGAAUUGAAAAAAAUUGUUGAACAAUAAUAUAAAUAUGUAUUAUCAUAAUUUGUAUAUAUUAUAUUUUUAGUUAUAAAGAUUUUAUUGAAAAAAUAUAAAAAUUGGAUAAAGUUUUGAAUAAAUUAUAAAAAAAUUGUUUUAAAAAUAUUAUUUUUUUAAUGUAUAGAUAUAAAUUCUCAAAAAUUUAAAUAAAAAAAAAUCUUAACUUAAGUGUUUUAAUUUUUCCACAUAAUGAUCAAGUUGGUAUUGUUCACAGUGUUUGAUAAUUUGUUUCAGAUCGACACUAGCUAUGACUGGACAACUGAACACUAAUUUAACACAACGUAUAACUUCAUAAGAAUCUUUAGCUGAAAAAAAAAUUAACUGUAGAACAUAAUCCUAUAUUAUUAUUAAUACUGAAAAAUGUUAAAAUAUACCACUAUUAAAAGAUGAGUUAAUUAAAACAUUCCAUGCUUUUUCUACUAUUUCAAAUGUCAAUUGAUGCCAUUUAUCCAUCAAAUGGAUAAGUACUUUUUCUAAUUCAUUAAUUAUUGUAAAACUAAUUAGUCCAGUUAGUAGUUUAUCCCAAGCAGAGGGAUUCAUAGCAUCUGAAUAUAGAACAAAUAAAUGUGAAGCUAAUUUAGUUGCACUCAGCGAUCUUCUUGACAACAAUGAUUGGACUAAUUUAGAUUUAUCACAUCCACGAUAUUUGACUGGAGAAAAAUCGAUUCCAAGAGUUUCCAAUUCAGUAAUUAUUGAUAAUUCAACCAAAUUGUUUCUAAUAGUAUACAACAAACCAAUUGUAAUAAAAUAUUAAAUAAAAAUACAUUUUCCUUACUUCAUCAUUUCUUUUGUACGACAUGUAAUUUCUUCUAUAUUUUUAGUUUUAGCUAAACACAAACAUUGCAAUGCUUUUAGUCGCACACUUGUUGGACACAUAGAAUCACUGUCAUCCUCAUUGUAAGCUUGACAAAUAAGGAAAUUAUGUAAAUUAUAUGCAGGUGUAUCAUUUUCUAAUAUGUAGCACGCCCUAAACAUAAUGUUAUGAUUAAUACUUUGUUUAAAUUAAUUAUUAUUUUACAGCUUAAUUAAAAUUUAAAUAAUGUUUACCUUAAAACACCUUCACUGAUUGUUGGAUUUUCUUGAAUUCCAUAAAAUGAACUGGUUAUUGACAUUAUUGAACUUUUAUUAGGAGAACUAAGUGAUCCUAAUGACGAAGGUUGUAACCAUUCUUUUAGAAGGUCUACUUUAAGUGCUAAGCCUCCUUUACCAUGGACCUCUACUAUUGCGUCUACUGCCCCAUUAAUAUCUACAAAAUGCAUUAUACAAUAUUUAUAAAAAUCAAUAAAU